CAGGCGGAGCGUGUCCCUGCCUGACCGCGCUGUGGCUCGGCCCUGAGACUGAUCCAGAAAACAUGGCUACUGCAAUUAGGGAGGUGGGAGUUUGGAGACAGACCAGAACACUCCUACUGAAGAAUUACCUAAUCAAAUGCAGGACUAAAAAAAGUAGUGUUCAGGAAAUUCUUUUUCCACUAUUUUUUUUAUUUUGGUUAAUAUUAAUUAGUAUGAUGCAUCCAAAUAAGAGAUACGAAGAAGUGCCUGAUAUAGAACUUAACCCUAUGGACAAAUCUAUGCUCUCUAACCUAAUUCUGGGAUAUACUCCAGUGACUAAUAUUACAAGAAACAUCAUGCAGAAAGUUUCUACUGACCACCUUCCUGAGGUCAUAAUUACUGAAGAAUAUGUAAAUGAAAAAGAAUUGUUAGUAUCCAGUCUUUCUAAGCCCAACAACUUUGUGGGUGUGGUUUUCAAAGACUUCAUGUCCUACGAACUCCGUUUUUUUCCUGAUAUAAUUCCAGUAUCUUCUAUUUAUAUGGAUUCAAGAGCUGGCUGUUCAACAUCAUGUGAGGCUGCUCAGUACUGGACCUCAGGGUUCACAGUUUUACAAGCAUCCAUAGAUGCUGCCAUUAUACAGCUAAAGACCAAUGUUUCCUUUUGGAAGGAACUGGAGUCAACAAAAGCUGUCAUUAUGGGAGAAACUGCUGUGGUUGAGAUAGAUACCUUUCCCCGAGGAGUAAUUUUAAUAUACCUAGUUAUAGCAUUUUCACCAUUUGGAUAUUUUUUGGCAAUUCAUAUCGUAGCAGAGAAAGAGAAAAAGUUAAAGGAGUUUUUAAAGAUAAUGGGACUUCAUGAUACUGCCUUUUGGCUUUCCUGGGUUCUUCUUUAUACAAGCUUGAUUUUUCUUAUGUCCCUUCUUAUGGCAGUCAUUGCAACAGCUUCUUCGUUAUUCCCUCAAAGUAGCUGCGUUGUGAUAUUUCUACUUUUUUUCCUGUAUGGGUUAUCGUCUAUAUUUUUUGCUUUAAUGCUGACACCUCUUUUUAAAAAAUCAAAACAUGUGGGAAUAGUUGAAUUUUUAGUCACUGUGGCUUUUGGAUUUGUUGGCCUUUUGAUAGUCUUCAUGGAAAGUUUUCCCAAAUCAUUAGUGUGGCUUUUCAGUCCUUUCUGUCAGUGUACUUUUUUGAUUGGUAUUGCACAGGUCAUGCACUUAGAAGAUUUUAAUGAAGGUGCUUUAUUUUCUAAUUUGACUGAAGGCCCAUAUCCUCUAAUUAUUACUAUUGUCAUGCUAGCACUUAAUAGUAUAUUCUAUGUCCUCUUGGCUGUCUAUCUUGAUCAAGUCAUUCCAGGGGAAUUUGGCUUACGGAGAUCAUCUUUAUAUUUUCUAAAGCCAUCAUAUUGGUCAAAGAGCAAAAGAAAUUAUAAGGAGUUAUCAGAGGGCAAUGUUAAUGGGAAUAUCAGUUUUAAUGAAAUUGUUGAGCCUGUUUCUUCAGAAUUUAUGGGAAAAGAAGCCAUAAGAAUCAGUGGUAUUCAGAAGACAUACAGAAAGAAAGGUGAAAAUGUGGAGGCUUUGAGAAAUUUGUCAUUUGACAUAUAUGAGGGUCAGAUUACUGCAUUACUUGGCCACAGUGGAACAGGAAAGAGUACAUUGAUGAAUAUUCUUUGUGGACUAUGCCCGCCUUCUGAUGGAUUUGCAUCUAUAUAUGGACACAGAGUCUCAGAAAUAGACGAAAUGUUUGAAGCAAGAAAAAUGAUUGGCAUUUGUCCACAGUUAGAUAUACACUUUGAUGUUUUGACAGUAGAAGAAAACUUAACCAUUUUGGCUUCAAUCAAAGGAAUACCAGCCAAUAAUGUAAUACAAGAAGUACAGAAGGUUUUACUGGAUUUAGACAUGCAGGCUAUCAAAGAUAAUCAAGCUAAAAAGUUAAGUGGUGGUCAAAAAAGAAAACUGUCUUUAGGAAUUGCUGUUCUUGGGAAUCCAAAGAUACUAUUGCUAGAUGAACCAACAGCUGGAAUGGACCCCUGUUCUCGUCAUAUUGUUUGGAAUCUUCUGAAAUAUGGAAAAUCUAAUCGAGUAACAGUGUUUAGUACUCAUUUCAUGGAUGAAGCUGACAUUCUUGCUGAUAGGAAAGCAGUCAUAUCACAAGGAAUGUUGAAAUGUGUUGGUUCUUCAAUUUUUCUCAAAAGUAAAUGGGGGAUUGGCUACCGCCUAAGCAUGUACAUAGACAGAUAUUGUGCCACUGAAGCUCUUUCUUCCCUGGUUAAACAACAUAUACCUGGAGCUACCUUACUACAACAGAAUGACCAACAGCUUGUGUAUAGCUUGCCUUUAAAGGACAUGGACAAAUUUGCCGGUUUAUUUUCUGCUCUAGACACGCAUUCAAAUUUGGGUGUAAUUUCUUACGGUGUUUCAAUGACGACUUUGGAAGAUGUGUUCUUAAAGCUAGAAGUUGAAGCAGAAAUUGACCAAGCAGAUUAUAGUAUAUUUUCUCAGCAGCCACCAGAGGAAGAAAUGGAUUCAAAAUCUUUUGAUGAAAUGGAGCAGAGCUUACUUAUUCUUUCUGAAACCAAGGCUUCCCUUGUGAGCACCAUGAGCCUUUGGAAACAGCAGGUGUAUACAAUAGCAAAGUUUCAUUUGCUUACCUUGAAACGGGAAAGUAAAUCAGUAAGAUCAGUGUUGCUUCUGCUUUUAAUUUUUUUCGCAGUUCAGAUUUUUAUGUUUUUGGUGCAUCGCUCUUUUAAAAAUGCUGUGGUUCCCAUCAAACUUGUUCCAGACUUAUAUUUGCUAAAACCUGGAGAUAAACCUCAUAAAUACAAAACAAGUCUGCUUCUUCAAAAUUCUACUGACUCCGAUAUCAGCGAUCUUACUAGCUUUUUCACAAACCGGAGCAUAAUGGUGACAGUGUUUAAUGACAGUGACUAUGUGUCUGCUGCCCCCCACAGUGCGGCUUUAAAUGUGAUGUAUUCGGAAAAGGACUAUGUUUUUACAGCUGUUUUCAACAGUACUAUGGUUUGUUCUUUACCUGUAUUGAUGAAUAUUAUCAGUAAUUAUUAUCUUUAUCAUUUAAACGUGACCGAAAGCAUCCAGGUCUGGAAUACCCCAUUCUUUCAAGAAAUUACAGACAUCGUUUUCAAAAUUGAGCUGUAUUUUCAAGCGGCUCUACUGGGAAUCAUUGUUACUGCAAUGCCACCUUACUUUGCCAUGGAAAAUGCAGAGAAUCAUAAGAUCAAAGCUUAUACCCAACUUAAACUUUCAGGGCUUUUGCCAUCUGCAUAUUGGAUUGGACAAGCUAUUGUUGAUAUCCCCUUAUUUUUUCUUGUUCUUAUUUUGAUGCUAGGAAGUUUAUUUGCAUUUCAUUAUGGAUUAUAUUUUUAUGCUAUAAAGUUCCUUUCUGUGGUUUUUUGCCUUAUUGGUUAUGUUCCAUCAGUCAUUCUGUUUACCUAUGUUACCUCCUUCACUUUUAAAAAAAUUUUGAAUACCAAAGAGUUUUGGUCAUUUAUCUAUUCUGUGACAGCGUUGGUUUGCAUUGCAAUCACUGAAAUAACGUUCUUUAUGGGAUACACAGUUACAGCUGUUCUUCAUUAUACCUUUUCCAUAGUCAUUCCAAUCUAUCCACUUCUAGGUUGUCUGAUUUGUUUCAUAAAGAUUUCUUGGAAGAAUAUUCGAAAAAAUGAGUACACCUAUAAUCCAUGGGAUAGGCUUUUGGUGGCUGUUAUAUCGCCUUACCUGCAGUGUGUACUCUGGAUUUUCCUCUUACAGUACUAUGAGAAAAAAUAUGGAGGCAGGUCAAUAAGAAAGGAUCCUUUUUUCAGGACUCUUUCAACAAAGUCCAAAAAUAGGAAGUAUCCAGAACCACCGAACAAUGAGGAUGAAGAUGAAGAUGUCAAAGCUGAAAGACUAAAGGUCAAAGAGCUAAUGAGUUGCCAGUGUUGUGAGGAGAAGCCAGCCAUUAUGGUCAGCAAUUUGCAUAAAGAAUAUGAUGACAAGAAAGAUUUUCUUCUUACAAGAAAAGUAAAGAAAGUGGCAACUAAAUAUGUCUCUUUCUGUGUGAAAAAAGGAGAGAUCUUGGGGCUACUGGGUCCAAAUGGUGCAGGCAAAAGCACAAUUAUCAAUAUUCUGGUUGGUGAUAUUGAACCAACUUCAGGCCAGGUAUUCCUUGGAGAUUAUUCUCCAGAACCAACUGAAGAUGAUGAUUCCAUUAAGUAUAUGGGAUACUGUCCUCAGAUAAACCCACUGUGGCCAGAUAUUACAUUGCGGGAACAUUUUGAAAUUUAUGGAGCUGUGAAAGGAAUGAGCUCAAGUGACAUGAAAGAAGUCAUAAAUCGGAUAACAAAUGCACUUGAUUUAAAAGAACAUCUUCAGAAAACUAUAAAGAAACUACCUGCAGGAAUCAAGCGAAAGUUGUGUUUUGCCCUGAGUAUGCUGGGGAAUCCUCACAUUACCCUGCUAGAUGAACCAUCUACAGGUAUGGAUCCUAAAGCCAAACAGCACAUGUGGCAAGCAAUUCGAACUGCAUUUAAAAACAAAAAGCGGGCUGCUAUUCUGACCACUCAUUAUAUGGAGGAAGCAGAAGCUGUCUGUGACCGGGUAGCCGUCAUGGUAUCUGGGCAGUUAAGAUGUAUUGGGACUGUCCAGCAUCUGAAGAGUAAAUUUGGAAAAGGCUACUUUUUGGAAAUAAAGUUAAAGGAGUGGAUAGAAAACCUAGAAGUAGACCGCCUUCAAAGAGAAAUUCAGUAUAUUUUCCCAAAUGCAAGCCGUCAGGAGAGUUUUUCUUCUAUUUUGGCUUAUAAGAUUCCUAAGGAAGAUGUUCCAUCCCUUUCACAAUCUUUUUCUAAGUUGGAAGAAGCUAAACAUACUUUUGCCAUUGAAGAAUAUAGCUUUUCUCAAGCAACAUUGGAACAGGUUUUUGUAGAACUCACUAAAGAACAAGAGGAAGAAGAUAGCAGUUGUGGAACUUUAAACAGCACACUUUGGUGGGAAAGAACACAGGAAGACAGAGUAGUGUUUUGAAGCAGUUCAGUCUGCUUACUGAAUUUCUUUAACUCUGGCUUAAAAGGUAUAUUAUUUGAGUGGUAACUGAAGAACCAUGAAAGCACUUGGGAUUUUCCUAAGUUCCUUGAUUGAAAUGCUGUGGUUUUGUGUUUUGCUUUUCUUUAAAUAAAACUUGUAUAUAAAUAAUUGAAACUGCAUGUUUGUACAUGAAGUAUAUUGAACUGUAGUCUGUAUGUGAGGUCGAAUAUUUGCUUUUUUACCUUUCAAAAACAGUGCUUUUAAAUUUAUGAUUUAAAGAAAUAGUGAUAGAAUAAUUUUAUCUUUAACGGUUUUCUUUAUUUUUAAAUUUAUACCAUCUUGUUACGUAAGUAUGUGAUAUCCCAGUCUAAACAAAAAGAACUAAUACAUAAAUAAUACAUAGAAAAGAAAUAUAAAGCAAAAGUUUCUUGCUUCUCCUUUUUAAUUUCUAAAGAAACUCUGAGAGGAGGUUGGCAUCCCAGAAAGCAAUAAGUACCAGGUAGUCUCCGUGAAGGUAGAGUUUGCAGGAGGUGACAACUGCUAGGUGGCACUCAUUCAUCAUAAUACAUGAAAUGAGACCCUGUUCUAUUAGGUGAUGUUAGACAUAGGUGAUUUAGGUCUUUGAAGAAACAGUUCUUUUGGUUACAGUAAAAUUCACAGGUUUUUAAAUUAUAAUAUAAUUAAAGGAAGACUUUGUCUAGAGUCUUAUUAUGUAAUAGCCUGAUUGCAGUUAGAAUGACAUCAUCUACACAGUUGGAAGAAUCGGCCAUACCUUUUCCUGUACCCCUCAUGGAAUAUAUAAAUUUUUUUGUCAUCUUUCUCCCAAAGGGCACGUUAUAUUAUAGAAUAAAAUAAUUUGUUGGGUAA